CUCAUCUAUUUUUUUCCAGGCAGGCGGGCGCGCGGAUUUUAGGAGAGCUAAGUUAGAAGUUCAUUGUCGUUACAUUGUGACAGUCGGUCUCACUCUCAAGUCGAGCAUCAGCUGGGUCUACAUAUAACGCUGAGUUGUACUGCUACUGUCUUUGGAGGAAAAUAUGAGGUAGAGUGAUCAUGGAAAAGACCUAGCAAAAAGAUGGAGCAAUAUGAGAAAUUGGAAAAAGUCGGAAAGGGCACCUAUGGCGUCGUUUUCAAGGCACGGGAUAGGCAAACUGGUACAUCAAACAUGUGCCUGUAAACCAAUGAGUGUAUGUGCAGGCAACGUAAACCAAACGAUGUUGGAUGUUUCUUUAAGCCAAGUACUAGUGCUGUUGUCAAGGUCAACCAAACGAGUCUUCUGAUCCUUCAUGUCUUGCCAUGAUGAAAACUGCCAUCCUUAUCAUCAAGCAAUAUCCGCUAAGUCUUCCUCAAGUAAUAUCUGCUCAUCUGAUUCGUCAAUAACCACUAGUACAAAUCCAACGCUAUCAACCCACAGGUGACAUCUGUGCCUUAAAAGCCAUAGGCCUGGAGGCGGAGGAUGAAGGCAUACCCUCAACCGCGAUACGAGAGAUCGCCCUUCUCAAGGAGCUGCAGCAUCCGAAUAUAGUUCGUCUCUACGAUGUUAUACACACGGAGAGCGAACUGACGCUUGUUUUCGAGUUCCUAGACCAAGAUUUGAAGAAGCUGUUGGACAACUGCGAGAGGGGGUAAUUAGUAAAAAGUUUAGAUUGUGACUGACUCUGACAGUGGCUAGCACGAGAUUUAAGAAACCUAAACAAUUCUUUCAUCAACCCUACAGUACUUGAAACCCUGUUUGCUUGGCAGAUAUCAGAACUGAACUUUGAUGUUUCACAAAGUUCAAAACAGUUUAAUUUCACAGGUUAGACGCGGUGACCUGUAGAUCGUUUAUGUUCCAGUUGCUGCGAGGGAUAGCCUAUUGUCAUCAAAACCGCGUUUUGCAUAGAGACUUGAAACCGCAGAACUUGUUGAUAAAUCGGGAAGGCGCUCUUAAGCUUGCGGACUUUGGGUUGGCGAGAGCGUUUGGUACUAUUGCGUCUUUUUUGAGAUUAAUUUUAAUUAAUUACCACUAAAUUACCACUAAAAUAUGAGCUCUAGAUAACAUGAACCGCCGCAUGACGAACGAAGACAUGGCUUAAGUGGAAAAAUAUGAGUCAUAUGGUGUCAUUGUUUGCAGGAUAAAUCAAAAUGGAAAUCAUGAUACAGAUACUCACUAUGUAUAUACCUUUCCAUAUCAUGUUGGAAGACUGACCAACUUCAACCAAUCAUCUUCGCACAUGAUCUACAACCGAAAAAUUCCCAUCAGGUAUACCCGUGCGCUCUUACACGCAUGAAGUUGUCACCCUGUGGUAUAGGAGUCCCGACGUUUUAAUGGGUAGUAGGAAAUACUCGACACCAGUCGAUCUCUGGAGUUGUGGCUGUAUCUUUGCGGAGAUGAUAAAUGGGAAACCGCUGUUUCCAGGCAACACAGAUCCGGAUCAACUACAGAAAAUCUUCCGAAUGCUGGGAACGCCAUCGCCGCUGACGUGGCCGAGUACUUAGACUUUAUGAAUUACCUCUGCAAGGGUUUUGUUUGUUUUUUUGCUAUACUUUCUUCCACAUGCAUCGAAGCCUUAAGAGGUAAAAAGAGUAGAAGUACAACAACUAAGCAAAAGCAGCGACAUAAAACCACACCAACAUAAAAUCUCACGGUUCGAACCUGACUCAAAUGCUCCCAGGCGUCGUCGAGCUUCCUGAAUGGAAGAAUGAUUUUCCACGAUUUGAGGGGAGGACGUGGGAACAGAUAGCUAGUGCUAUAGACGAAUCAGCGAUAGUCCUUGACGAAAACGGUCUCGAUCUCCUAUCCUUAUUCCUCCAGUAUGACCCCACAAAUCGAAUAAGCGCUCGCCUGUCUCUGGAACACGAGUACUUUAAGGGACUGCCUGAUGCGGUGAGGUAUAUCCAGCAAUGAUGAGCAAAUAAAAGCCAAGGAACUACGAAGAGAAAGAUUAGGAUUAUUACAAUUUUUGCGCAGCCACAGUGUUGGUUCUCUUUGGUGGCUGAGGCAAUGAUAUCAGAUUUCGCUUUGUUAUAGGUAUGACUUCUAUUAGCCGUGGCUUUGAUAUGAUUUUCGCAAACUGAAACAUUUCUGAUGAUAAACGGUUUUGGUCAAUUUUUUCACUUGUAGUUCAUCAUUUUGGAAAUACAGUUUUUGUCUGCCUUUCGGGACCCCCGCUGAAGCAGACAAUACGCACCCCUUGGCGUUCCAAAUACCCCCCUUGUUCCACAUUCCCCAAGCAGGAAAGACGAUUUUGGGAGCAAACAGUUAAACACUGAUUUCUUCACUGUACAUAAGAAUGUAACUAUUUUCAAAAGUUGUAUGCGACAUGCUCACGUACAAUCUGAGAGUGCCUCUGACUCUACAGUGUCCGGCUUUGCAAGGAUAAGCUGAUUUCCCAAAUCACACCAAGUAAAAAUAUUGAAGGACCGACCACGUAGGACUGUAUCCCCG